CAACCAUCUGCCCUCCUAUCGUGCCAACGCCGCCAUCGCUGCGAGCGCUGCCAUCACUACCAUGCUGCCGGCCGCCCUUGCGCUGCUCGCAGUCUCUGCUUGCCUGCUGCCCCGUGCCGACGCCGUGCCGGACUAUUCCCUGGACUCGGUCGUCCGCUUCAACAUCCAGAACGAGAGCGACGCCACCCUUCUUCGCUCGUUCCUCCAGAGUCGGCACAACGACCUGCACACGGCGCUGUGGAGCCACUCCAUCGGCAUUGGAGCCGUCGAUGUGCAGCUGCCGGUUCGGGCAGAGCCCUUGUCGAUUCUGUCGCAGAUCGACAAUACCGUCUACAUCCCCAAUGUCCAAGCCGUCCUGCAGGAGGACAAUUUGGCGCCGGUUCCUCGGAUCUUUGCGGCAGCCACGAAUGCAUCGGUCCCAACAGCCAGCACUUGGCGCAACUCGUCGUUCUUUGACAACUAUCAGAGCUACUCCGACAUCAUUGCCUACUAUGAAUCGCUUCCCAACCUCCAGAAGACAAGCAUCGGCCUCUCGUAUCUGGGAACACCCAUCUAUGCAUUCUCCUUCGGCUCGGGCUCGCGCAGCAUCUUCUAUCAAGGAGGCAUCCAUGCCCGGGAGUGGAUAUCGCACUCCACGACCGCCUACAUCACCAGCUCUCUGGUGCUGGACGAUGGCCUUGCAGCGACGCUUCGUUCUCAGUUCAAGUUCUUUGUGAUCCCAACCCUCAAUGUCGAUGGAUAUAACUACACACGAACGGUUGAUAGAAUGUGGCGCAAAAACCUUGAGCCAAACAACGGCUCCUCUUGCAUCGGCACCGAUCUGAAUCGCAACUUUGACACUGCCUGGGAUCAGCCUGGUCAUGGCAUCAGUCCCUGUGACGAGGACUACUCGGGUCCGUCAGCCGCAUCCGCCACUGAGACACAGUUGCUCAAGACGUUUAUCAGUGGUCUGCCAAAUCCUUUUGGCCUGAUGGAUUUCCACUCGUAUAGCCAGCUCUGGAUGUAUCCCUACGGAGCUUACUGCAACAGGACAAUCCCUGAAGGUCCACUUCUUCAAAAUGCGAGCAUCAUUGCCACAAGCAUCAUCGCUAACCGAAGCAAGACGUACUAUCAGUACGGACCUACCUGCAACACCAUCUACCAGGCCUCAGGCACGCUGUUGGACUAUGGCUAUGUGAGCGGCAAUAUCAAGUACUCCCUGACUGUCGAGCUGCCCGACCAAGGAACCUACGGUUUCCUGCUACCUCCGUCGUUCAUUCGUUCCGUUGGCGAGGAUACGACCCAGGCUUUCGUUGCCAUGUGGAGCUAUCUCAACGAUCCGUCCAGCGCAUCGGUCGUCUCCAGUCCCGCCGCAGCCAGCCAUUCCAGGAGCACAACAUUCUCGAGCACGGUGGCGCAUUUCAUGGUGGCAUUGCUCGCUGCUGCCCUCCUCUCCCGUCGCAUUAUAUGAGUCGAGUCGCUGCCCUCUGUAACGAACCAAGCGGCCUUCCUUCAGUGUCCAAUAGCAAGGUUGUGCGUUUCCACAACA